GUCAAAAAAGCUCAAUCGAACUUUAGCUAAAGCGUUAAUAUACAUAAAAUAAGGUAUUCAAAGAAUUCUCUACGUAAUUACGGUUUAAGAAAUCAAAUAGUACUUAGUAUUACAUAAUGGAGAAGUUUAGUGACGAUACUAUGUGCAGAAUUUGUUUUAAAAAACAAGAUUCAGUAUUUUCAUUAUUUCGCAAACGAAAAGGCAUUUCUCCGUUCGAGAAACUGAUAAAAAUUGGUAUGAAAGCUGCUACAAACGAUACCGGUCCUACCUGCAUCUGUUGUGAUUGUCUGACAGAGUUAGAAACUACUGUUAACUUCUUGGAAAAAUGUCAGAAGUCUAACCAGGUACUGGCAGAGUAUUUAAACGUCAAUGUGGACAAAGUAGAAGAGAAUAAGGUUGAUAACUUUGAGAACAGAGAGGGAGAGGUCACAGUAGAGUAUGUGGAGUCUAGUCUAGCUGGUGGUGACGAGCUGCAUGGUGUUGAGGUGUCAGGGCCUGAGGAGCCGCGCUGCGAGGAGUGCGGCUCCCGCAGGCGCUGCCGGCACUGGGCGCCGCCGGCGACACACACAUGCCCUCAGUGUCAGAAGGUGUUCACUAGGAAGUUUAACUUCAAGCUACAUCUUGCUCGUCACAGCGGGUCGCGUGAGUUUUGGUGCUCGUCGUGCGGGGCGGGCGCGGCGUCGCGCUGGCUGGCGGCGCGCCACUGCCGGCCGCGCGCGCGCCGCGCCUGCCCGCUGCCGGGCUGCGGCAAGACGUACUCCUCCGCCACCAACCUCAGCGUGCAUCUCAGAGCACACAGCGGUGAGAGACCGUUCGAAUGCAACGAUUGCGGGAAGAAGUUCUCGAGUAAGAACACGUUGCAGAACCACAUCAGGAUACACACGGGUGCGUUACCGUAUAUCUGUGCGAUAUGCGGCGCGCAGUUCCGCACCAACAAGCUCGCCGCGCACAUGGCGCGACACGCCGGCGCCCGCCCCCGCCGCCCCCGCCCCGCGCCGCGACACCCCGCCGCCCCCGCGCCGCACGCCUGCGCCGCCUGCCCCGCCAGAUACCACCACAAGCAGUCCCUCAGGAAACACGUCAGGAAGCACCACGCUGUGGAUUCUGCGCCACCUACAGAAGCAGAAGUGGCAGCCAAUGUUAUUGCCAAACAAAUGGAAUGUGAUCUAUAAACCCUACACUAGGUAUUAGUCUAUAGCUGUCGCAAUGGACAAUGUGGUCAACUAUGGACAUUGUGGCGAAACGGGUUGCAGUUUCUAGUCCAAAUUAGUCUUCUAAGAGAAAUAAAUAAGAAUGGGCAAACGUGACCAUUAAAUUAAGAGAAAUGUUAUAAGACCUUAUUAGGUUACCCAAGCUUCAUUCAAGUAUUGAAUUAACUAACACCAAAGAUUUAUUUACCACACAUACCCACUUUUAAGUUGACUCGUAGGAAGGACAUUGACACAACGAAUAAGUUUUUUACGAGUGCUAUUUGAGCAAGCGAGUUAGGAAUGAUGCGGUUUAGUGAAACCUGUGCAGUGGCGGUCAAGGCCGCAGACUCGACGUGAUAAUAAAACUAUUUGUCAGAGAUUA